AGGAAAGGUGGAGACAGUAAGUGGAAAGCAAAACUAAAGAGAAGCAGAAGAGAAAGAAGAAAUAUAUUGAGAGAGGAAGAAGCUAGGAUACUAAAAGCAACCUAAUUGAGAAAGAUGAUAAGAGCAGAAGGUGUAGUGGUGGGCAAUUACGGAGUGGGAAAGACGAGCUUCCUCUACGCUAUACUCAACAAGCAAAUACCGGACAAACAUGUUCCAACAAUACUUGAGUCUCACUGCAUGACAGUCAAAGUGAAGGACGACGUUGACGUGGAGCUAGUGUUCCACGAUACCCCAGGAUCAGAGGAUUAUGCCCAAUUUACGCAACUUAGUCUAGCAAGGAAAGCUGACUUUGUCCUCCUUUGUUUCUCUCUCGUGAUACCAGCUUCUUUUGACAGCAUUAGAAAUCAUUGGAUUAAUGAGAUACGUUCAAAACUACCCAACGUCCCAGUAGUACUCAUUGGGACUCAACUUGACCUACGUAACAAACCAGAAGUUGUAGAGGACCUCGUUGAUUGUGGUACACCGGCAAUAGACACAGAGACAGGACAGAAGCUAGCAGAUGAAAUCGGAGCUAUAAAGUACAUCGAGUGCUCGGCAUUCAUUCCAACAGACACUGACAAAAUAAAGUUAGCAGCAACGCAGAUAGCAUACGAGUGCAAGAAGAAAAACAAAAAGGACAAAUGUGUCAUAUUAUAAUAUAACAGAUCCACCAACCCACCACACGUAAUUAUCAUUUGUUAGUUUGUGUUCAAUAUCUCACCACAGGUUCUCUGUAUUUCAUUACUCAAUCAUGUUAUAAAUGUUUUAUGACACAUUGCAUAGUCAUGUCACUUUAUUUCAUUAUGAUGAUAUCUUGAUCAGUACAUCUGGAUCAGACCAUUUA